AACUACUUGCUUACCCUCGUGGCUUUAUUCAGAAGCAGAUACAAUUUAAUAUGAAGAGAGGGUGUCUAGCUCAAGGCUCAGGGCAGGCCGUUCCUGAGAAGGUGGUGAAGUCCACUAGGGCUGUGCUGUUGUCUAGUGUGAAGGGAGUCUCCUUAAAGAACUUUAACAGGGACUACACUAACCUUCUGGGUGAGCGGUUCCCCUGGAGGAAGCUGGGGUAUACCAGUGCUAAGGGCUUGCUAGUAGCAAUGCCUGAGGCUGUCAGGUUCGAGUAUUCUGACAGGGAUGGUGACUAUCGUCUCCAUGGGAUCGGCACCAAGGAUAUGUUCAUGCCCUCCUGGGUGAAAAAAGCACAAGGCCGAGUAAACAGGCCACCCUCAACCCCGCAGGUUGGACACGCCCUUCUCCAGUCACCAGGAAGCUCAUGCCGAAUAAACAGGCCACCCUCAACUCCUAAAGUUGUACAUGGCUUUCUCCAGUCACCAGGGAGCUCAUGUGAGAUAAAUAGGCAGCUUGUGUACAAUGCUAGAGGAUUGGUAACACUGCACAUCACAUGGCACUCUCUGGAGGAAUCGAGUGAAAAGUUCAUGAAAGAAUUAAACGAGAACAGAGUUUCCACAUUGAAACAGUGUCUCACUGGUCUACUCUCCAUAGUAGCCAAGCCAGUGGAAGUCUUCAUUCAUCCAAAGUGCUUUGCGUUUGCUCGAUUCUCCCUGCUAGAAGAUGCUCGUCGAGCUCUAGAGAUGAUGGAUGGACUUGAGGACUUGGGGCUGCUAUUUAGCUGUUGCCCUGCUAACGAGAAGAUGCCUCGGGGCACAGUGAAACCUGUCGUCAAGGAUAUCAGCACUGGGGCAUCAAAAAAAUCAUCAAGGAAUAAUAAGGGGACAAGUCGUAGCAACAGCGUAAAGCAUCUUUUAAUACGAACAGAACUAGAGAAACCUGUUAUAAGAACGAAACUAGAGAAACUUGUUGUAAGAACGGAACUAGAGAAACCUGUUAUGAGUCGCAUUCCCAAGUCAUGUGACAAGGCCAAUGGAUUAUAUAGUGACCACCAUGUACAGGCAACUACAUCAUGUGCCAAUACCAAUGGUAUACUUUCAACCCCGGACAUUCUUCAUCACAGUGGAUCGAUAUCGGACAUCUCGGAUGAAGAAUGGGACCAUGAACUUUUAAACCAUCCGCAGAGGUACAUGGACCACAGUCCCAUGGUAACGUUCAUGGGUUUGGUAGGUGGAGACGACAAUCAGCGUAUUGAGUUGAGUGGAGUGCACACUGCCAAUGAGUGGGGGCUUACCCCCGUCAGAGUGUCUGAGGUGAACAGUCCUGACCGUAUCUGGAUACAGCUGGCUGAGUACCCAGAGCAUGACCUGGAGGCGCUAUCAGUUGCCAUGACCACCAGUGACCCCAACACUGUGAGCAGAGGCGAGUUGAUGGUUGGACUGUAUUGUGCUGUGCUUGUGAGUGUUGGAGGCACUCAAGAGAGAGAAGAGGAUGGCUUCUACAGGAGAGCUAGAGUGAUAGAGGUCAAUCGACCACACUAUAUUGGACAGCCUCAGGCUACACUGGAGCUGAUAGAUUGUGGCUCAACGAUGCACAGUGUGUCACUACGUAACCUCUACAAGCUCCCCCACGGACUGAGAGUGGGCAUGGUCCCUCCCCUAGCCCUCCCCACGGCUAUUGACGGCCUCUACUCAACAUUCAAUCACGGAGAGGAAUGGUUCCCACUGGACAAACAGCUACUAUGGAAACACCUACGACACAAAAUGGUGUUUGCCAAGGUUACCAGGAAACCAUCCGGGCUACAAGUUGGCGUCGUCGAUCUCUACUAUGAUCGUGUUGGCAAGAACAGAGUAACUAACCUGCUCCUCACUAAAGGACUAUACCUCAGCUCCACUUCUCUGCUAGCCGAGACCACACCCACACCUCAAACCACCCCCUCACAUGCAGUAACCACUCCCCCACGAUCAUUACUAUCUCGGCUCAGUUACCUCCUAAAGAAAUCAGAGAACAAAACGAUCCUAUCUUCUCACGACCCUCAAAACAGUUUGUGCACUGAAGAGACAUCAUCAAUGUCAGCUGUACUAGCACCGACAAACUUGUUCAAUGGUGUCAAAGUGUCUACUUUUGAGAAAGGAAAUUGUAAGGAAGCUGCCAUUGCUGGUAUCAAGAUGCCCCCUCUGGAGAGAGCCUCGUUAAGCGGGGAGGACUCGUGGUCUAUCGAGUCUGAUGAGUGCUGUCAUAGCGACCCACGUCGUCUGAGCAGCAAGUCUCUAGUAUUGACAAGUGGUUAUCACUCGAGAACUGAAUGUUUAACUGAUGAUGACUGGUGACUAGCUAGCUAUAUAGCUAGGGAUUUUCUAACUGAUCUCUUAUAAUUAUUAUCAUCAGAGGAGCUAGGGAAGAUACAAUUAUAUUUUAGGCACUUUAUUAUGACCUUUAAUUAAGCAUUUCAUCUUCCUUUUGGACACGCUCA